CGCGGGCAGCUGCGGGGAAAAGCGCUGGCGAAUGCUCGCGCCCGUUGUGCCGACGACCAACUACACCACCCGCCGUUGACUCGUCGCUUCUCCUCGUUUUGUGGCUUGGGGUGCGCACGCUGUGACAACGUGGCGGAGUGAGCGGGUGAUUCUGCAACGUGGAUCACUGGUGUAUGUGUGUCUUUCGUUGUGAUCGUGACCGUGCUCAGCGAGCGCGUAGCGUCGCCCAUGGCGACUCGGCAUCUCUCGUCGUCUGUGCCGCCGGGUUCGACCGCCGUGUUGCCAGGCAGUGCCGUGGCACGUCCCCCCUACGAUGAGCCCCGUCGCCGACCGCCGGUCGCCUGUUGAAGUACGCUACGCGUCUUCCCGCUGCACCACGGCACACGUCGACACCCGCCUGCGGCUCUUUCGUUCCGCCAAGCUGCUGCUGUGAUCCGUUGGCCCAGCGAAGGCGUGCUGAACACGGAACUUGGUGGCGAAACGUGAGGUUUGGCCGGAGUAUUGCAGGUGCCCACUGACCUAGAGAAAGAGCCAAGAUGGCGGUGCACGCAGUAUCAGCCGCGGCAGCCGCCGGGGGUGCCAAGCGCAAAGAGAUCUACAAGUACGAGGCCCCCUGGACGGUGUACAGCAUGAACUGGAGCGUGCGGCCUGACCGGCGCUUCCGGCUUGCCCUCGGGAGUUUCAUCGAGGAGUACAACAACAAGGUGCAACUGGUGUCCUUGGACGAAGACACUUCCGAGUUCCUGGCCAAGAGCACCUUCGAUCAUCCAUACCCGACAACAAAAAUAAUGUGGAUUCCUGACACUAAGGGUGUGUUUCCCGACUUGCUGGCAACGAGUGGAGACUACCUGCGGGUGUGGCGUGCGGGUGAGGAGACGCGUCUGGAGUGCCUGCUGAACAACAACAAGAACUCUGACUUCUGCGCACCUCUGACCUCCUUCGACUGGAACGAGGUGGACCCCAACCUGCUCGGCACGUCCAGCAUAGACACCACCUGCACCAUCUGGGGCCUUGAGACGGGCCAGGUGGUGGGCCGUGCGAUGGCAGGUGGGGGUGCUGUGUCAGGACACGUCAAGACACAACUGAUUGCCCAUGACAAGGAGGUGUACGACAUCGCAUUCUCUCGAGCGGGCGGCGGUCGCGACAUGUUUGCCAGCGUGGGCGCGGACGGGUCGGUGCGAAUGUUCGACCUGCGCCACUUGGAGCAUUCUACUAUCAUCUACGAAGACCCACAACACCAGCCCCUACUGCGUUUGGCCUGGAACAAGCAGGAUCCCAACUACCUGGCCACUUUUGCCAUGGAUGCUUGCGAGGUGAUAAUCCUCGACGUGCGAGUACCGUGCACACCCGUGGCACGGCUCAACAAUCACCGGGCAUGCGUCAACGGCAUUGCCUGGGCUCCCCACUCGUCUUGCCACAUCUGUACAGCCGCGGACGACCACCAGGCCCUGAUCUGGGACAUCCAGCAGAUGCCGCGGGCCAUCGAGGACCCGAUCCUGGCGUACACAGCCGAGGGUGAAAUCAACCAAAUCCAGUGGGCGUCCACCCAGCCCGACUGGAUCGCCAUCUGCUACAACAGUUGCCUGGAGAUUCUGCGCGUCUGAAACUGCGGCCAGGCUUUUGCCCAGUGACUGAUCUGAUCUCUCAGCAUCUCAGUGCACAAGUGCUGGCCAAUGUGACGAAUCCAAGUAGCUCAAACACUGAAUACGGACUGGCGACCGUGCCUUUUGGGUCAAAUUACCAAUCGGUGUUUGGCUCAAUUGUCACCCGGUAGCGCUCACUGACCUGCAAGCACGACACUUGGAAAAUCAAGAUUUCAUUGGCUUUUUAUCGUGGUCUAGUGUGCACAAUUACACCGGAAGUGCAUGCACCGAAGAAAACACACUCUUUGAAGCUGAUGGUGAUGAUAUUUUUGUGUGUUUACUUCAACAUCAAGAAAGAGAUGGUGAUCCACUAGAAGGCACGUGCCAUCACCUUUCGUCGGUAGCAACAAACCAGUUGACUUCUGCAAGGAAGAAGGCAUCCAUGCCAGUAAUUUCGCUGAAGCCUUCAGCUGAUCGGGAGGUGAAGUGGUUAGCUGUGCCAAACUCACCGUUCUUGCAGGCCUCUCCUGCAGGCCACCUAUGGUAACUUGUGUGCCGAGCUUGUGAUCUGUUGUACCAUCAUCAUCGUCAUGUGCCACACAGAGGAAGCCGCAUGUUGGCAUGAUCGAACGCAUAAUGUCUUCUGUGUUUUACCAAUCGCUGAAGCUGCCUUCUGUAGCAGCGUGUUGUCUGGAAAAGACCAUAGGGUCAUUUUUUUACAUUUUAUUUAGCUUUUAGACUUUUACACAUUGGAAUUUUUUUAAACUGCACGAUAAGCUCUCAGAUAUUGCGAUUGCAGCAGACAAAUGUGCUUGAGCACAAGAAAUGUGAGUGGUAAAAAAAUGCACGUGUACUUGUUGCAUUCAAACAGUCUGUGCACGUCUUGCAAAUGUGUGUAAAGAAUAUUUGCUGUGGCGCCUGGUCGCCACUGCCGAGAAAAAUAGCCUACCGCUAGGUAGCAGCGUUAUGCAAUGUGAAACUAUGUAAGUACAGUCUGUUUCCUAGCACCACCUGUUGGUUUGUUUUAAUGGUGUGUUCAUUUAAUGCAAGGGUUGAUUAGACAAAAUAUCGAACAGUACAACAGUAUACUUGGUCGUUUUAUGUAGCACAUGGCCACUGUCCGAUGUAGUUUGUGUUUUAUUCUAUGUAUUGGAGCCGGUGUCCGGCUGCCAUUGUGUAUGAGUGACCAUGUUUUAAAACUGGUGCGUGGCCAGCAGGAACUUUGAUAAUUAGAAGGCCAAGCGGACUGGUAAAUUUUUGAUUUUCUUUUUCUUUUUGACAUUGCAUUCGCGGCAAAGCGUGCGAGCCUUUCCCUAAGACACGUGGCUCGUCGGUUGACACUGUGUCGGCUGAGGGCGUCCACGCUGGUCCACUUGGUUCCAGUUUCAUCGAAGUAUGCAAGCAUUGGUAAAGUACUGCAGUUGUGAAAAGCCUCUACUUUGCAAAUCAAGCAUUACGUAGACAGAUGAGCUAAUCAUUUUUUUUUACAUGAACUCUCUGGUGUUAGUGUGUCUGUGAAGGCUUUCUUGCAUUAUUGCUUGCUGACAGAUGAGUGCAGUGACAGCACUUAUCCACAGAUUUUUUUUUUUUUUUUUGUGUACAGCCCUCCAUGUUACGGUAUCGCUGUGGACCCUUCCUCUGGCAACUUCUCAACACGUUUAAGUCGUCUCAUUCAUGACUUGAGGUCGAUGCAAGAGCAAAUCUCCGUCAUGUCUCCGUGCAGGGUAACAGUCAUUAUGAAGUAGUCUGGUCAAGCUAGAACCUUGCUGAUCAUUAAAACCUGUACACCAAAGAAAAUUACCGCAACAUUCUGUUCUCACGGAGAUGUGGCUGAGCACAUUGAAAUCUCCACAGAAGUCGACUUUCUCGAUGAACAUUCUUUAUACCGUGGAGGCAGUGCCCAAAACACUAGUGCUGGACCACGUGGUGGAUUCCAGUGACUCGAACACUGAGUUUGCUGGCGUCUUGGAUAAAUGACCAUUCAAAGAUGCAUUGGACAAUUGUUGUGUGAUUUGCAUAGAAGUGCUGAAUAACUGUGGACGUUGGUUUUUGUGUGGUGGUGGUGAAAUGGGUGUGAAGAGUUCAUUGUUGGUGUACUAUAAGGGCACGUGGGAUGUUGAACUCUGUUCUUUGUGCCAUUGUUGGACACAGUGCUGUGCAGGUGUAUGUGACAAUAACGCUGUGUCUUGCGAAGCGCGCUGCAAUGUAUCGGAUGACCCGGUCACUGGUGGACCGUGAUGGACUGCAUUGAGAGUUUGACAUCAACACCAGUCAAGUACAGUGUGGUGGAUAUAUUGGUACCCAUCAACAUGUUUUUAUGAUGCUUUAUGCUAUACAGUGUCAUUUACAGACUGUGUGAUGCCGUUUAUUGGCAUUUGUCCUUAUUGACAAGAUUUUAUGGAAUUGCAGUAUGCCGAAGCUCGAGGGCAGCAACGAUUGAAGGUAUCUGAGCAUCUGCCUUUGUGUGUUUUGUUUAUACAGUAGGCUUCCGUAACUCAAGACUGUGGUUAAUUCGAUCCUAACAAAGUCCCAGUUGGCACACAUACAUAUCUGUUUUGUUAUUUUGACCCUGAAGCUGACCCUCGCUGGAUAAUUUUCAUUUGUCUGGCCAAUAAGCACACAUCUGAAUGCAUUAGCGAGACUUCAAUUAUUACCCCAGUGGGUGCAUCGUCUGUUUUGUUAGUGCUAGGGGACAGUUAAGGCAUUGAAGACAAGUUAUCUUCUGGUGAAAUCGCUGACUUUUGGCCUACCUUUGGCAGAUUUUGACUUGUAAACUGCAACUCACUGUGAAUGAUUAUCGUAUUUACCCCAUUCUAAUGCGUGCCUUUUUUCCAUUUGGUCUGGAAAUUGCCUGCACGCUACAAUCGCAUACAAAACUGGGUUUUGGUCUCAGCAACUUGUCAUCAGAAGAUGGCGACAGAAGGAGUUUUUGCAUAGAAUGGUGAUAACGACUUGUCGCUUGCAGGCUUUCUAUCCGGAAACUGAUUCAGAAGUUAACUUUUUUAUGUUCUAAGUUUGUGUCGACAGUCAUGUCCGGUUUUUAGCACUCCAGACACUUCCAUGUGUCACUGGGCAAACUGGCAAUAUUAGUCAAGGCGUGGGCCAUCUACCAUCCCAUUUGCAAUUGUAGUGGAGUCUUUAAAAAGUACAAAAUAUCAAAUGGAAUGUUCCAGAAAGGGCAGCUUGUUGUGGCCCGUAGACAGUGAUAAAAUUAUGCGAGAUUGACAACAAUGGUCAUUAAGUGUAAAUAAAUUUUCGGCCUGUGAAGGUAAACUAUACAAGUUUCAACCUAAUUCUAGUUGCCAGAUUUGGUGGCAUGCUUUGUUUGUGUGUGUUGGUAUAUCGGGUGCUUGUCAGAUUGGGAAGCCCGAUAGAGUUAGGCAAAUACUACCAAAUGAAGCAGUGGUGCGAUUGAACGCUCCUGCUUUUAACUUGAGCCACUGGAUAAUGAAAUCACUUUCGUUGAUCCCGUCAAUGUCAAAUUACGGAAGUUGCCUGUAUUUUUAGCAUCAGUGGUAUGCAGCACCAUAGAUUCAAUGUGCAUAAUGGGUAGAUGACCCACUAUACACAUGGUAUCACACCAUUGAAAGCCAUUCAUAACAUAGAAACAUAAAACAUCUUGCACUGUGUGAACUUGGCCACUGCAAACCAUUAAGAAAUGGCUACCUUUUUGUCUGCUGUUUAUUUUUGUGACAUCACUUUUGAAAUGGUACUCAUCACCGUAGAUGACCCAUUGUGCACACGUGGUAUCACCUCAGUGGAAGUGCAUUCAUAGUGUCAAAAAAUAAAACAUCCUGCAUUGUGA